UUUAUAUUUUCUAUCAUCAACUUCCUCCUACCAUCGUCCCUCUUCUGUCUCGUCCCUGCAGUAAGUUUUUUUUCUCUUCUCUUUUCAUCACAGUUCUCACCCACUGCCGUGUCCGCUGUUUCUUUUCCGGAUCUGACUCGUAUUCCGUGUUGGAUCGUGUUGACACGGGUACUGCAACCCAAAUUGCCGAGUCCGGGUAACGAAGGCUGUGGUUGCCGAUGUUUGGCCCUUUCGAUGGUUACUUGUCGGCCCUUUCACUCUUGCAGACUUGAGUUUAGGACCAAAAUGGAAACUCAGUCGCUGCUUAGGAGAACACCUCUUGCCUUCUCUAUUACCUCUCUCAAAUCAAACCCUUCAUCACCGAACUUCAACAAUAACCAACCUUUAUCCCGGAAGAUCAUUUGGCGAUGGAAGAGGGAAGGACGUAUCCUUAGGAGGGACAACUUGGUAGAUUGUGCUUCAUUGGUUCAAACCUUAGCUAGAAAAAGGAUGCCUCACAUUGCUCAUCAGCUUUUACUUGAGUUAAAUUCUCAAGGUUUGAUACCCAACACUGCUACCCUUUCUGCUCUCAUGCUUUGUUAUGCAGAUAAUGGACUUUUUACCCAGGCUGAGGCAAUAUGGGAGGAAAUGCUAAAUAUAUCAUCUUUUAUGCCUGCUAUUCCUCUGGUUUCAAAAUUUUUGGAUGCUUACGGAAAUAUGGGGCAAUUUCACCGAGUACAGAAAAUUUUGGAUCAUGUAAUUCUGCACAGGUUUAACUUGUUACCCCGAGUGUACCCAGUGGCUAUCUCUUGCUUUGGAAAGCAUGGGCAGCUUGAUCUAAUGGAGAAUACAUUGAAGGAGAUGGUUUCAAAGGGCUUGUCCAUAGAUUCUGCCACUGGAAAUGCUUUUGUUAGAUAUUAUAGCAUUUUUGGUUCCUUAACUGAGAUGGAGUCUGCUUAUGCUCGCUUUAAAAGGUCCAGACAUCUGAUAGAUGAAGAAGGAAUCAGAGCAAUGUCAUUUGCCUACAUCAAGGAGGGUAAAUUCUACAAGUUGGGUGAAUUUUUAACUGACGUGGGUCUUGGGAGGACAGAUUUAGGCAAUCUCUUAUGGAAUCUCUUGCUAUUAUCUUAUGCUGCCAAUUUCAAGAUGAAAACCAUGCAGAGACAAUUUCUGAAAAUGUUGAAUUCUGGUUUCUUUCCUGAUUUGACUACUUUCAAUAUAAGAGCAUUAGCCUUCUCAAGAAUGUCUAUGUUCUGGGAUCUCCAUCUCAGCCUUGAACACAUGAAACACGAAAGCAUUGUUCCCGAUUUGGCAACUUAUGGAUGUGUAGUAGAUGCAUACUUGGACAGAAGGCUUGGAAGAAAUUUGGAUUUCAUUUUGAGCAAUAUGAAUGCUGAUGAAUCUCCAAUAAUAUUAACAGAUCCACUUGUGUUUGAGGCUUUGGGUAAAGGGGAUUUCCAGUCAAGUUCAGAAGCCUUUAUGGAGUUAAAGAGUCAAAAGAAAUGGACUUAUAGGCAGCUAAUUGCAGUUUAUCUCAAAAAACAGUUCCGAAGGAAUCAAAUCUUUUGGAAUUACUAAAUAGUGGUAUGCAAAUUGUGUUAGGAUAUGAUUCCUCUGGUGGUUGGAUAACAUUAUGUUAUUUUGAUUCUUAAAGUUUCACUACCUUGGUAUUCAAGGAAAAUUCUAUGGCUUGAACCUAAGGUGUCUCUCCUAGUACUCAAUCCCGCAUACCUGGUGAGCUUAGCUAAGUGGCAUUGACUACAUCUUGCUAUGCUAUUUGUUUCAUGUCUGAAUAUGUUUUGGAUUUAGAUACAAACAUGGAUGCUUUAAGUAAAAUGAAAAGAUAGAGCGAAAUAGCUUUAGACCCGGUUGGCUUGAUCAAGUUAUAAUCAUUAAUUAGUAACAUAUUUUUAUUUUAUUUUAAUUCUGAAAUAUCAUUUAGAAAAUAAUAUGAUGACUAUGAGAGGAGGAAAACGCAGAUGUUCAACUGGUGAAGUCCCCUUCUAGAGCCAACCUUGCUUAAAUGGCCAAGAUGCAGUGAGUUUCCUUCUUUUUUUUUCAUGCCUGGUUAUUUCUCUCCCAAGUUUCAAACAUUUAUGUAUCAGAAUGGCAUGUUUUUAGUGUUUUACAUUAUCAAGUAUAACUAUUUCACAAUUAAAACUCUUGUGCUCCAUACUUCUGUUGCCUUUCUCUAAUAAUUAAGGGGGCAUCUGCCAGAACAUGUUAAACUUAUGCUUCUUUUCAGGAACAUUUUUUCACUGUUCACAGAGAGUCAGAUGAGUUGAUAUGAAUCCUCAAGGAGAUCUUUACUUCACAAGUCUACAUGAGAAGGGUAGGCAUCUGAGCAGAAUUUUUUGGUUAUUUAUUUACUUAUUUUUACUUUUCUUUGUAGAUGGUGGAUUUAUAAUUAUACAUUUAAUUUUUUACAUGCUUCGCAUUCUGAACUUAUUUUAUGUGUCUAGCAAAAUAUAUAGGUUACGCAUUAAACUCUGGAGUGAGCAUUAGCUGAAAAUUUUGCCAUUACCAAUAAAUGUGUACGAGAUUCCUUGGGGUUCAUGUACUAACUGCUAUAGCUCAGUGGUUCAUUUAUGCAUUUCAAUAUUGCAAAACAUGAUUUGAUAGUAUACUGGCUUCUAGUUGUACUAAUGUAAAUACAGUUGUUGGUAAGCUUCACUGAAAGCCAGAAUAUUUCCUUACCGAUGACCUUUUUUUGUGUGGGGUGGCAAAAAUGUUUGUUGGUGAACUUGUUGAGACAGGUAUAUGCACUUUUAUCCUAUUAUAGAUGUGUUUAGAUUUCGUUUCCAGACACACAAA